GUCCGUCUCCGUGUCUAGCCUUCACCCCGCCUGCUGCAUGCUUAAAUCCCCUUUCCUUCUUUGCUCUAUGAGACAACCCGUUUUCAGAUCAUAAAUGAAAUCUUCCUCUCACGUUUGCCGCCUCCUCUUGGCAGCGCCCCUCCACCUUCCCACUCCUAAAACCUGUCCCAGCCUGGAGAAGUUCUCCGUCCCGCUCCCCACCCCCACUCCCUACCCGGAACUCUGAGGACACCUGGAUGCCGGCCGGGGCCGCCGACCAUCCCCCCGGACCCGGCCACACCCGGCUCGCCCGUCGGCGGGGUCUCCCGCAGCCCGCGGCGCAGCCACGACAGGGUUAAGGUUCCGAGCUGGGGGAGGGGGCCGGGAGGGGCGGGUGCGGAGCCAAUCGGCGGCCGCAGAGUCCCCGGGGCCAGAGCAGGGAGCGCGGUGCCGGGAGCCGGGAGCUGAGCGCGCCGGGCUGGGGCCGGGGCCGGAGCGGAGCGGAGAGGGAGUGCGCCCGCCCCAGCCCCGAGUCCCGCCGCCCGCCCUCCCGCCGCAGCGCCGGCCCAGCGGCCGCCGCCCCAGCCAUGGAGCAAGACAACAGCCCGCGGAAGAUCCAGUUUACGGUCCCGCUGCUGGAGCCGCACCUUGACCCCGAGGCGGCGGAGCAGAUCCGGAGGCGCCGCCCCACCCCUGCCACCCUCGUGCUGACCAGCGACCAGUCCUCCCCAGAGAUAGAUGAAGACCGGAUCCCCAACCCGCUUCUCAAGCAUGGCAAGGCUCAGAAGGCGGGGGAGAAGGGCUGGCCCCCCACCUGUGCUCUGUGUCCUUCACAGUCCACGUUGGCCAUGUCUCCACGGCAACGGAAGAAGGUGACGAGGACCACACCCACGAUGAAAGAGCUCCAGAUGAUGGUUGAACAUCACCUGGGGCAACAGCAGCAGGGAGAGGAACCUGAGGGAGCCGCUGAGAGCACAGGGGCCCAGGAGCCCUGCCCACCUGGGAUCACAGACACAGAAGCGGAGUUAAGGCUGGGCACGUCUGGGAAAGCACAAAAGCCUGCAGAACCCGUCCCUAAAGCUCAGGAGAGGGGCAGUGAGAAACCCAGCACAGAGGAGCCCCCAACCCAUAUACCACCACUGGAUUCCCAGGGAGCCAACUUGGUCUGAGAGUGAAGGAGGUAUCCUGGAAUGGAGACUGCAGUUGGGAAUGCAUGGACACUGGAUGUUUCUUAUUCUUCACGUUUAGGGAAAAAUCUCUUGUUUUUAAAAAGUGAUAAAUUUGGUGUUAGGUC